CCGACGGGACAGGAGGGUCAGCGUGGGGUACGGGUGGUGCUCGGAACGGCUGCGACGAGCGGAGCAGGAGGCUGUCCGGCCGCUGCCGCCUCUCAUGCCUUCACGGCAACAAAGAGAGCGCUGAGCGGCGGGCGGAGGCACCGGGCCCCUGGCUGUGCCGGCGCGAAGGGCACCGGGAGACGAUGGCGAGGAAGGGAGAAGCCUCCACGCCUCUCUACGGUGAACCAAGGAAAUUUGACCCAAAGUUCAGAGGACCUAUUCAUAACAGGCACUGUACAGAUGUUGUUUGCUGUGUGAUCUUCAUAGUCGUCAUCCUGGGCUACAUCGCAUUGGGAAUCGUGGCUUGGGUGCACGGCGACCCCAGAAAAGUGAUUUAUCCAACUGACAGCUAUGGGCAGUUCUGUGGUCAGAAAGAUACCCCCAAUGAGAACAAGACCAUUUUAUUUUACUUUAACAUUCUGAAAUGUGCCAGCCCCAUAGUGUUAAUAAACCUACAGUGCCCUACAACACAGCUUUGUGUCUCAAAGUGCCCAGACAGGUUUGCAACCUACAUUGAUGUUCAAGCUUCCUACAGAUACAAACCAGAUCAGUGGAAUUACUUCAAGCAGUUCUGCAAACCUGGUUUUAAUAAUCCUCGCAAGUCUGUUGCUCAAGUCCUACGUGAUGAAGAUUGUCCUUCGAUGAUCAUUCCAAGCAGGCCUUUUCUUAAGAGAUGCUUCCCAGACUUCUCCACGAAGAAUGGUGUCCUAACCGUGGCCAAUCAGACCACUUUCAAAGAUGGAAGAGGGAAAACGAGGAACGUGACUGAUCUCAGGGAAGCUGCAAAUGGCAUCAAUAAUGUCCUGGAUGCAAGAUCAGUUGGAAUGAAAAUUUUUGAAGACUAUGCCAUUUCUUGGUAUUGGAUUUUAAUUGGUCUGUUCAUUGCAAUGAUUGUGAGUCUGCUCUUCCUUGUCUUACUGAGGUUCACAGCUGGGGUUCUCUUCUGGAUUUUCAUCUUUGGUGUAAUUGGAAUUAUAGGCUAUGGUAUCUGGCACUGUUACUGGGAAUAUGAUCAUCUGAAAGGAAUACCUGGAUCUGACCUCACUGUGUAUGACAUUGGAUUUCAGACAGACUUCAGAGUGUACCUGCAGCUGAGGCAAACAUGGUUAGCAUUUAUGAUAACACUUUGUGUGGUUGAGGUCAUAAUCAUACUGAUGCUGAUCUUCCUAAGGAAUCGGAUCCGAAUCGCUAUUGCACUGUUGAAGGAAGGUAGUAGGGCUAUUGGCUAUAUAAUGUCUACAUUGUUCUACCCCAUUGUCACCUUCAUCCUCAUUGCAAUUUGUAUUUCCUACUGGGCUGUGACAGCUGUUUUUCUGGCUACAUCAGGAGAACCUGUGUAUAAAGUAAUGGCUAACCAAACACUGUGCAAGUAUGCAAACCUGACUUGUGACCCAGAGACUUUUAACACAACAAACGUGACUAAAUUGUGUCCAGGUGCUCAGUGUACUUUCGCUUUUUAUGGAGGAGAAAGCCUGUACCACAAGUACAUCUUCAUCUUCCAGUUAGCCAAUGCCUUUGUCUUUCUCUGGCUGGUGAACUUUGCAAUUGCACUGGGUCAGUGUACCCUUGCUGGUGCCUUUGCCUCUUACUACUGGGCCUCUCGAAAGCCAGCUGAUAUCCCACUGUGGCCACUCUUCUCCUCCUUUGGACGAGCAAUACGGUAUCAUACAGGUUCGCUGGCAUUUGGAGCCUUAAUUCUUGCAAUUGUCCAGCUUAUUCGAGUGAUACUGGAGUACUUGGAUCACAAACUGAAAGGUACACAGAACUCCUUCACCAGAUUUCUACUCUGCUGCCUCAAAUGCUGUUUCUGGUGUUUGGAAAAAUUCUUGAAAUUUAUAAACAGAAAUGCCUACAUCAUGAUUGCCAUAUAUGGUAAAAACUUCUGCACCUCUGCAAAGGACGCGUUCUUUCUGCUCAUGCGGAACGUCGUGAGGGUGGCAGUUCUGGACAAAGUUACAGACUUUCUUUUAUUCCUUGGGAAGAUCCUGGUUGCUGGUGGUGUAGGUGUGCUGGCAUUCUUUUUCUUCACACAGAGGAUACCAGUCUUUGCACAGGAAGCACCAGCGUUAAAUUACUACUGGGUGCCGUUGUUGACAGUCAUUAUUGGCUCCUACCUGGUUGCACACGGGUUCUUCAGCGUCUAUGCAAUGUGUGUCGACACACUCUUCCUCUGCUUCUGUGAAGACCUGGAAAGAAAUGAUGGAUCUACAGCAAAACCCUACUUCAUGUCAGCUAGCCUUCACCGAAUUCUAGGGAAGAAGGAGCUAAGCCCUAAGAAGGCAGUGGGAUAACAUACAGUAGACCUCACCAUCAAAAACAGUCUCACUUUUAAGCAAAACAUGUAUAAAGUAGGAAAAAGUAAAAACUGUAAAUGAUGCUUCUGGUUAAUGGGUGAUUCUUUUUUCCUUUUGCUUAUAUCUCAACAAACAAACAAACGAAAGAGAGCAACAUUGGAAACAUUUAACUAGUUUAAAUGCUUAGGCUAACAGCUGUGAAAACAAGGCCACGUUUUAGUUUGAGUGCCUAUGGAAAGGGAAAAUGUAAAUUUGAAGCUUUUUUAAAGUCUCUGAUGAUGUUUUAAUAACUUUUGUAACACGAGUUGCUGCCUUCGCUGGCAGCAGUUUUGAUAAUGUUUCUUUUUUUUGUAAGUGUAUAUUUGUAAAAGAAAUUUCAGGCAACUUUUUGAAAGCACUAACAUAUAACCUAACUAGCCAUAAAAAGAGAAAAAAGAUAGUUCAAGACUCUCUGGUUAACCAGGAGAUGGUACUAAAUUUGUAAAUAUGGUGCUAUGAUUGUAUUUUUUUGUACAAGCUGGCUCACAGCUAUUUAAACUGUGAUUAUACAUGCAUUGAUGAUUCCCUACACUGAAAAAAAUUGUAGUGAUAUUUUAAUCACGUUCACAACUGCGUCUUUUAAGAGGUGGUGGUACCCUGCAGGUCCCGAAGAAGGUAGUCAGAGAAGACUACAGUUGCUACUACUGCUGAAAGUGAAGUGUUCUGUGAGCUUAAAAGAUGAUGUAACUGAGAGGAAGUCCCACUGCACUUGAAGCAAUUUGUGGUUCACACAAAUGAGGUUUCAUCUGGUACAAGAUGGUGAAUGUAUUGUUUUUAGCUGAUGUCUAAGAGAGAUGCACUUGUGCUGAUAUCCCCCUAUCUGAUGAGCCCAGUUGUGCUCUGCAUCACGAGGAAGUUGAGCUUCACUGAAAGGAAAACCAAAUGCAGUCUUUUUUUUCCCUUGGAAGGAAGUCUUGGCUGCAAAUGUGCACAAGGAAUUCCAUUGCCUGUGCCUGGCUCAGAAGGGCUUUGUAAUGAGACCUUGCAGUGACCGUGUGGGUGCUGAGGGGCAGGAGUGCUCCUUCAGCAGCUCUCCAGGCUCUCAGUGGCUCACACAGUAAGGCAUUAACUCAAGUCUUCUCAUGAUACAGGAUGAAUUAUUUAGCUAUUAAAUGAUGCUCCAAAAGAUUGAGUUUGCUUUUUCAUUACUAAAUUUGCCUGGCCAUUAGUACUAUCUGUUGGUACAAAGCACGUUAACAUUCAGCUCCAUUUUAAGACCCUCCCGUGAGUGGAACUGUCACUGAGGUUAGUUACAGCUCUGCUCGUGGAAGAAGUCUUGCACUGGAGUACUCCCAAAGUCUGUUACUGCCAUGGUCCAACCAUACUGUGCCUGCCCUGAGCUUCCCUGGCUUCCACCAUGCUGAGUAAGGUAUCCCAUUACUGUGCACUUUCCAGGAGUGACAUGUGCCAUAUCUCUGCCAGAGCUGUUACUGAAGCUCAGCACCUGGAAAUUACUUUUAUAGGCCCAGGAGUCCCUUGGUGUCACCAGAGAAAGAUAAUUGUUUUUUCAGAUGAUUUGAAUGCAAAUUUCUGGGGAACAUUUAU